AUGGGAUCAAAGUUUCAUGCUUUUAUGUACCCAUAUUUUGCUUUUGGUCAUACGAUUCCAUAUCUUCAUCUAGCCAACAAAUUAGCUGAGAAAGGUCAUAGGGUAACUUUCUUGCUUCCCACGAAAGCUAAGAACCAACUUGAACCUCUCAACCUGUUCCCAGAGAGCAUUCUUUUCGAGCCUCUUACUCUUCCUUAUGUCGAUGGUCUCCCUAUUGGCGCAGAGACAAACUCAGAUCUGCCAAACACUUCUGGGAAAGUCAUAUCCGAUGCCAUGGAUCUCUUACGCGGUCAUAUCGAAUCAAAGGUUCGUGCUUUGAAACCAGACCUUAUCUUCUUCGAUUUUGUUUAUUGGGUUCCAGAAAUGGCGAAAGAGUUUGGAGUCAAGAGUGUGAGUUAUCAGAUCGUAUCCGCAGCUUGUCUAGCUAUGGCUCUUGCACCUGGUGUUGAGCUAGGGUUCCCUCAACCGUUGGGUUAUCCUUCCUCGAAAGUGGCGUUACGUGGACACGACGCUAAACUUUAUUCUAUCUUCACGAAUUCAUCCAAGAGGCUAAUGGGCCGGGUCACCACAGGUCUUAAGAACUGCGACGUCGUUGCCAUAAGGACAUGCGCGGAAAUCGAGGGUAAAUAUUGCAGUUUCAUCGAAAGACAAUGUGAGAGAAAAGUUCUCUUAACCGGUCCAAUGUUCCCUGAGCCGCAAGAAAAGAGUGUCAAACAACUAGAAGAUCGAUGGAAUCAUUGGCUGAAUGGAUUUGAACCAGGCUCGGUAGUGUUUUGUGCGUUGGGAAGCCAAACCUUUUUAGAGAAGGACCAAUUCCAAGAACUCUGUUUAGGAAUGGAGCUAACGGGUUUUCCGUUCAUAGUAGCGGUUAAGCCGCCGAGAGGCUCAUCAACGACUCAAGAAGCAUUACCAGAAGGGUUCGAAGAGAGGGUCAAAGGGCGUGGAAUCGUUUGGGGAGGAUGGGUGGAACAACAACCUUUAAUAUUGUCCCAUGGAUCAGUAGGUUGCUUCGUGAACCAUUGUGGAUCCAGUUUAAUGUGGGAAUCUUUGGUUAGUGACUGUCAGAUUGUCAAUAUUCCGCAAUUGGCUGAUGAAGUUCUGGCCACCAGAUUGUUGGUUGAGGAGCUGGAGGUCUCUGUGAAGGUGCAAAGAGAAGACUCUGGAUGGUUUUCUAAAGAGAACUUGAGAGAUGCUGUUAAAUCUGUGAUGGAUAAAGAUAGUGAGAUUGGGAAUCUAGUGAACAGGAAUCAUAAGAAAUUGAAAGAGACUUUGAUUAGUCCUGGAUUGUUGAGUGGUUAUGCUGAUAACUUUGUCGAAGCAUUGGAGAGUGAAGUCAACAACACAAAGUCGUCUUGA